AUGGUGGUGAGGAAGAUCGCAAAGAAAUACAAGAUCAGGUUGAUAUUAUCACUGGCAAACAAUUGGGAAGCAUAUGGUGGAAAAGCACAGUAUGUGAAAUGGGGAAAAGAUGCUGGCCUCAAUGUCUCUUCUGAUGACGACUUCUUCUCACAUCCAACUCUUAGAACCUACUACAAGAACCAUGUUAAGACGGUGUUGAAUAGAGUGAACACAUUGACAAAUAUAACAUACAAGGAAGAUCCAACCAUAUUUGCAUGGGAAUUGAUGAAUGAACCUCGAUGCACCUCAGAUCCCACUGGUGAUAAGCUUCAGGAUUGGAUACAAGAAAUGGCAUUCCAUGUGAAGAAGAUUGAUGCAAAGCACCUAGUAGAAAUUGGAGUUGAAGGAUUUUAUGGGCCCUCAACCCCUCACAGAACUCAGUUCAAUCCAAAUUCAUAUGCAACACAAGUUGGAACUGAUUUCAUUAGGAACCACCAGGUUCUUGGUGUUGACUUUGCUUCUGCUCACAUAUAUGCUGACUCUUGGUAUGUUAUCUCCCAAUUUGCUCUGCAAAACAUUUUCUGA